GUUUUGGUAUCUCUCCGAGUAGACAUUAGUCAUCUCUCUCCCGCGAACCCAAUUAUUACACAAAGAAGCGGCGUCGUUUUGUCCUACAUUCCAGCACACGAUUCAAACGGAAUAAACUUUCCAUCUCUUCUCCAAAACUUUUCUUCGAUUUUCUCGAGAAAAUCCACAAUAGUCUCCGCAAAAUCCUCCACAUAAAUUCCUCACAAUCAUGGACCGGAGAAGAACCGAGAGUCCAGUCUACACGCGGCAGUGGAGCGGCAAUUCAAGCAGCACCGGAUCAUCAUCGCCGGUGAUGUCGCCGGCGCAUCCUCAAUCACGGCUCGGUCCUACUUCCACCGGUCUCUCCACCAUCAAACGCACUCAAAACGUCGCCGCUAAAGCCGCCGCACAGCGUCUCGCUCGUGUCAUGGCGUCUCAAACCGUCGACGACGACGACGACGACGACGAUCUCGAUUUCCGUUACAGUGCUCCGCCUCCUUCCGCUCUUUCCUCUUUCUCCAGUAACAGAAAUUCCAGUGCUAAUGCUAACUCCAUCCCUCCGAUUUCCGUUGCGAGACCGAAUAGAUCUCCUUCUCCUGCGUUAGGUCGGAACUUUGUAGAGCAUACUCAAUCAGUUCGUUCAUCAUCAGCUGGAAGACCGGCGGUUUCAGUUCGAUCAGCAGCAGCAGCAGCACCGGUGGUGCCGCCUCCGAAAUCCACUAUACGAACACCUAUGGCUGUACCUCCGAUAGAUCCUCCAACAAUUAGGAAUAAAGAGAAGAGGUUUCCACCAGACAUCACUAUCAGGCAACUUAACUCCAAAGACACGGGAGAUCAGCGCGAAGCUUCUGCGCUCCGUGAUGAACUUGAUAUGCUACAAGAAGAGAAUGAUGCUUUAUUAGAAAAGCUAAGACUAGCAGAGGAAAAACGCCAAGAAGUGGAGACCCGAUCCAGGGAACUUGAGAAACAGGUUGCUUCUCUUGGAGAAGGUGUAUCCCUGGAAGCCAAACUGCUGAGCAGGAAAGAAGCUGCUUUGCGUCAAAGAGAGGCUGCUCUCAUGGCUGCAAAACAAACACGGAAUGAAAGGGAUGAGGAUCUCACAGCCCUUCGUGUCGAAAUUCAGAACCUAAAAGAUGACGCUGCAGCAGCAGAGGAACAACGGCAAGAAGCCGAAGCCGAAGCAAAGGCUCUUCGAUCAAUGACGCAGAGAAUGAUUUUGACCCAAGAAGAAAUGGAGGAAGUGGUCCUGAAGAGAUGCUGGCUUGCUCGCUACUGGGGUCUUUCUGUAAAACAUGGCAUAUGUGCAGAUAUAGCACAGUCCAAGUAUGAACAUUGGUCUUCUUUAGCUCCUCUUCCUUUUGAACUUGUCAUCUCUGCUGGACAAAAGGCUAAGGAGGAAUCUUGGAACAAAAGUACUGAUGGUUCAGAUAGAAGCCAAACUGUUCGUGAUAUAAAUGAUCUUGCCGGGGAAGGAAACAUAGAGAGUAUGCUUUCAGUUGAGAUGGGUUUGAGGGAACUUGCUUCUUUGAAGGUUGAGGAUGCCGUUGUGCUUGCAUUAGCCCAACACAGACGCCCAAAUUUGAUUCGGCAGUCUGUUUUAGAUUCCAAAUCACCUGGUGAUGCUAAAUAUUCGGAAGCAUUUGAAUUAAGUGAAGAGGAAGCCGAAGACGUUCUUUUCAAAGAGGCAUGGUUAACUUAUUUUUGGAGGAGAGCUUUAUUUCAUGGUGUGGAGGAAGAUAUUGCAGAAGACAGGCUUCGGUUUUGGAUUGCCCGCAGUGGACAAUCACCAACUUCACAUGAUGCUGUUGAUGUUGAGCGAGAUUUGUUGGAGUUGAGGAAGCUGGGUAUAGAACAGCAACUUUGGGAAGCUUCUCGCAAGGGAAUUGAUCAGCCUUCAGAGUCAGCACUUGCCAAUCAUAAGCCUGCCUCCGACUCAGACACAUCAUCGUGAUUGUCCGACCCUUGAUUCUUUGGCCUGCUUGUAUAUUUUUGUUUAGUUUUCUAUACAAGUUUUCUUUUUUCUUUUCUUUUCUGUACACCAUGUUUUCAACAUUAUAUUUGGGUCUAAUACCAGAGGAAGUAAGAAUUUUUAAGUUGGAAGGAAAGGAAGACAGUGUUUGUGAUAAUAAAUUACAUGAAACUGAGAUUCUUUUCCUCAUUCUUUUAAUUGAAUUUUGUAACUUGAGUA